AUGGAUGGGAACACCUUCACUUACUCUUUGCUCCUAAAGUUCUCUGCCAACCUUGGUUUUAUUAUUCAUGGGACUAUGAUUCAUGGCCAUAUUGUGAGACUUGGCUUUCAAGAUGACUUAUUUGUUCAAACUGCACUUGUUGACAUGUAUGCUAAGUGCACUUAUGUUGAGUGUGCACGCCACAUGUUUGAUGAAAUGACGCAGAGAAGUGUCGUGUCCUGGAACGACAUGAAGGUGAAGCAGAGCAACCGAACACAUCCCAUCUUCUGCACAAGUCCAUAUUCAAACUACUCAAUCAGUUUUUGCAAGCCCAAUACGUGGUCUUUAUCCGAUGAAUUCAUAAACAACAAUCGUAUUACGUGCUCAUUAGUCUCGUAA